GUGUAGCGAGCUGCUUCUCCAGAUAUUCGAGAAAACUAAGAUGGCUGUCUGAUGUGCGAGGUGUAUUUUGUACCGUGCGUGAUGAUGACGAUGGAGCCGUGCGUUUUUCGCUAAAGUUGCCCACAUUCGCUCACAACACCCAUCCCCGAAUCCUAGUGUAGUUGCAAUAUCCUUCCGUUCCGUUGUGGGGGUGCGUUUAGUUUGCCAAACCACUGUGAAAAGCAGUCGCAAUCGGUCGAGAAGCAAACGAGUGGACUACAUCAGCCCCCGGGACUACUUUAGUUGGAUACCCAGUGGAUGAGAUAGAUAGGAUCUUCGCGAAAGCAGCCCGCGACGGCAUACGGGUCAUCCACAUACCCGAGGGAAAAGAACAAUCCGAACAAAAUACAAAAGCGCACACACACACAACAGGGCGGUACGACUAUGUCCAACCUGUACGCAAAAAUUUCUCAGCGUCCAAUGAAGCGAAAUGAGGAGCAGAUAUUUUCCGUCUUUCCGUACCACAAUAUUGAGAUGUUCAAUGUGUUGGCCCCGUUCCAUCAGAUCAGUGCUGGUGCCAGCGGUGGUGGUCCCGCUGCCGCAGCUACUGCGGGUGGUGCUGCUGCUGGUGUCGCCGCGGCAGCCAAUGCAGGCAACCAGAACGUGCGGCUAGAGAACAUGCAGGUGACGCAACCGAGCAGUGCCCCAUCAUCGCCGACGAUCGCAUCACCCGGUGCACUCAGUUCCACCUCGUUCUGUCUUGCGAACGGAAUUAACGGUGCGGGCGGUGGUACCGGUGGCGCAAGCGGUGGAGGAAUCGGUUUUGGCGGCCACAGCGUUAUCAACAGUACGACCGCUGCCGAUACGGCCGAUCCGAACUGGCAGGCCAACAAAUCAACCGUGCGCGAACGCAAUGCCGCCAUGUUUAACAACGAUCUGAUGGCCGACAUCCGGUUCAUCGUCGGGUCCGACGAGCAAGUUCAAACGAUUCCGGCCCACAAGUACGUACUAGCGACGGGAAGCUCCGUUUUCUACGCCAUGUUCUACGGUGGGCUGGCCGAAAAUAAGCAGGAGAUCAAGGUCCCGGACGUAGAACCGGGGGCCUUUUUAACGCUGCUCAAGUAUCUGUACUGUGAUGAAAUUCAGCUCGAAGCCGACAACGUGCUAGCGACACUGUACGUCGCCAAGAAGUACAUCGUGCCCCAUCUGGCCCGGGCGUGCGUCAACUAUCUGGAAACUAGUCUCACCGCAAAGAACGCCUGCUUGCUGCUCAGCCAGUCGCGCCUGUUCGAAGAACCGGAUCUGAUGCAGCGCUGCUGGGAGGUGAUCGACGCACAGGCGGAAAUGGCAAUCAAGGCGGAAGGUUUUGCCGACAUUGAUCUGAAAACGUUCGAAACGAUCCUAGCGCGUGAAACGCUCAACUGCAAGGAGAUCCACCUGUUCGAAGCGGCCCUCAGCUGGGCACACGGUGCCUGCACUAAGAUGGACAUCGAGCCAACGUCAUCGAACAAGCGCCAGCUGCUCGGCCAAGCCCUGUACCUGAUUCGCAUUCCGACGAUGACGCUCGAAGAGUUCGCCAACCGGGUGGCGCAGCUGGGCAUCCUCACCAACCAGGAGACAAUCGACAUUUUCCUCAACUUUACCGCCAAAAACAAACCAAAGCUGACGUUCCCGGUGCAGCCGCGGUGCGGUCUGAAGACACAGGUGUGCCAUCGGUUUUACUCCUGCGCGUACCGCAGCAACCAGUGGCGCUACCGGGGUCGCUGCGAUUCGAUACAGUUCUCCGUGGACAAACGUAUCUUUAUCGUCGGUUUCGGGCUGUACGGUUCGUCGACCGGGGCGGCCGACUACGACGUGAAGAUCGAGCUGAAGCGGCUCGGUCGGGUGCUGGCGGAAAAUAGUACCAAAUUCUUCUCAGAUGGUUCGAGCAACACGUUCCAAGUGUUCUUCGAGACGCCGAUCCAGAUCGAGCCGGAAUGCUUCUACACCGCGUCGGUCGUACUGGACGGGACCGAGCUGAGCUUCUUCGGCCAGGAGGGUAUGAGCGAGGUGUGCGUCGGUACGGUUACGUUCCAGUUUCAGUGUUCCUCCGAGAGCACGAACGGCACGGGCGUCCAGGGUGGCCAGAUACCGGAACUUAUCUUCUACGGACCGAUGGGUGUUAGCCAGCAGAACAACAACAGCAUCAGCACGAGUGCGAGCAACAAUACGAUCAACAAUAACCAUGCCGGCGCCAAGAGUGGCCAUACGUCCGGCAAUGGCAAUGGUAGCCACGCAAAGGUUACAAGCAACGGCGCUGGAGGCAGCACAAAUGUAUCGUCUUCGACCGCAUCGACCCACGGUGGCCUACUGCUGAUGGGAGCGGGCAGUUCAGCCUCGACCAUUACAAACCCUGGUGGUUCCGCAAACGCUGGCUCAUUUGGGAAUGGUGGGGAAAGUGAAAAUAGUUCCGCUGGAUCUAACGGUACCGCCGCCAGCCAGGCAAACUGGCUUCAACCAGCGGUCACAGGUGCGGCCUCUGCUUCUGCCGGUUCCCUGUCGGCCAACAACAAUGACGCAUCGGACUGAAUAUUUGCGAACUAUUGGCGAAUGGGAGUUAACACCGGCGGAACGUAAUCCUCUUUCGCACGAAGGCACGUCUAUUCCUAUAAUAUUUUCUCUUAUCAGUGGCGACCCUUUUUACGUAGAGUCGUAGCGAUAUGUACACAUUUAAACACAAACAUAAGUAGCAGCUCCCAUCCCGGGGACAAUACUACCAUGGUAAUUCAUUUUCUUCUCUGCACUAGGCAGAUCAAAAUCAACCGUUAGAUGUGUUUCAUUAAAGUGGCAAUUCUUCUGAGACCAUUAGUUCUAAUAGUAGUGCUAGUCAAACAAGGAUAAGUAGCAAAAAUAUGGCUCGUAUAAUUUGUGGGUUUAGGUCUUCCUUUUUAAUUCCUCUUUUUUUUUCAUCGCUACAAAAUUAGCAACAAGUGUAUUCGCGUCAAGAAGACUUAAUCUUAGUUGGUUCAAUGGAACCGGCCCGGUUUGAAUUAUACGCUGGCCAAGGCGGAGGUGUCCUGUUUUAAUUAUUCUUUUUUUUUUUAUUCUACUUUCCUUUUCUACUGUCAUCCGCCAUUCAUUUUACGCUAUAUCGCCUACGAAGCGAAAUCUUGCAUAAACAUAAACAGUAGAUAUAGAGUUUGAAUUUUGUAGAAGAAAUGAGCAAACGCGGAAUCAAUUUCCCGCGUGUGCGUUGGAGAACGAGUGUGAACAAGAAAACGGUUUCCUUUGUAGUGUGUAAGAGAACGCGAUGAUUAUAUGGAUGGGAUAAGAGACUCGUACAUAAAAAGAUAGGCGUACGACAGCUAAACUAGGUGCAAGAUACUAAACAAACAAAUAUAAUAAACAAAAAUCACACAGAUGAAAUGGCUGUUCCGAAACUUCUUGAAAACGAAACGGCAAGCAACAUUGGGGUAACGGAGGCCAGCGUGAGACGUGAUGAUGAUGAUACUGAACAAGUUGAACCAAAAGUGCAAAAAUCGCAAAUCCUAAACAAUCUACACGUGCAGAUAGAUGACGAUCGAUGUAGUAAGAUUACAAUGUAACGGCCAUGAAUCAUUUGAAUUUACCGUGCCGGCGCCACCGGGCUAGGGUUAGUGCACUGAUAUUAUUUUACGUGUAAAUUUGAAUAUUUUGUUAUAAAAGGAUUCUUGCGUCCCCCGCCAGCCACGUUGGUUAUGUUGAAUUUGUGCAUUUACGGACAAAACAAAAAAAAUUACUGUUACCCGAUCCAUUCGUCAAGACGGAUUACCCUAUUGAGUUUAAAUUUGGAUGUGUAUGAAUUGACAUGUUUGUAUAAGUUGGCCUUCGCUGAGUCCUUAUCCAGAGCGAAACAAUGUGCAAUGUGCAACAGGGAAAUAAUUGAAAAAUUAGCAACUCAAAAUAGAAAACGAAGAAGAGAAUGUAAAGGUACGACUGGCGGUAAAUAUGAUCGACAGAGAAAAGACAUAAAUAUACACACAUAUGAAUAUAUUUUGAAUUUGAAUGAUUAAUGAAUAAAU